UUUAGUAAUAAUUAGUUUUCGAACGUGAAGUACCUGCUGUAGUGUAUUGAUUCACUGAUUCGCUUUCGUGUUUUAAUACGCCCAAAUUCUUCUAAUUUCCACAUAUUAAAUCAAUUCAAAUACCAUGAGUAGUUCUGGGGAACAGUUAACCCUUGCCAGGGACAUAAAACGGGCUAUCGAAUUGCUCGAGAAACUUCAACAGAGUGGUGAAGUUCCUGCUACGAAGCUUGCAGCAUUACAGAAAGUGCUACAAAGUGAUUUCUUAAAUGCUGUCCGUGAAGUGUAUGAGCAUGUCUAUGAGACUGUUGACAUCCAAGGCUCAGCAGACAUCAGGGCUUCCGCGACAGCCAAAGCCACGGUGGCCGCGUUCGCUGCUGCUGAAGGUCAUGCACACCCAAGAGUUGUCGAGCUACCGAAGACGGAAGAAGGUUUAGGUUUCAACGUAAUGGGUGGGAAGGAACAAAAUUCACCUAUUUACAUAUCACGUAUAAUUCCUGGUGGUGUUGCCGACCGCCAUGGAGGCCUUAAGAGGGGCGACCAGCUGUUAUCUGUGAACGGCGUGUCAGUGGAGGGAGAAAAUCACGAGAAAGCUGUAGAAUUAUUGAAGCAAGCAGUUGGCUCAGUCAAACUGGUAGUGCGAUACACUCCGAAGGUCUUAGAAGAGAUGGAAAUGAGAUUUGACAAGCAGAGGACUGCUAGACGGCGCACUAAUUAUAACUAAACAUAUGAUUAGCAAAAAAUCAGGCUAUGAAACUAUGAUAAAGAUAUUGAGUUUGACAAUGGUGCCAAUAAGGCUACUGGCCCAUGACUAGCCUGUAUAGUCACAGGAUAAUGACAAACUUAAAGGUGAAAAAAUAAAAUAAAAAAGAUAUUAAAAUGGUGUAGCAUAGUGUUGAUAAAACACAUGGUAUCUGGUACUGUUAGGAAAUAUCCAAUGAUUUAUGUAUAUGUAAAGAUUUACAAAACAUCACGAUUCAGCUUAAAUUUCACCUUUUAUGAAACUAGAUUCAGUAUUUGUAAUGUAACUGUAUGUGCUAAACAGCUUUCACAGAUAAAGCAAAUUAAGAGCCAGUUGAAAUCCUCUUUCUUUUAUUUGAAGUGAAUUAAAAUCCAAAUUUAUUAUUUUAAAUAGACAAUGUCUAUUUAUCUUCUAUUUCAUAAAAAAGACAAGUUGGAUGUAAUGACAAAGAUUUGAACAAAUAUGUCAACUGUUACCUAUUUAUACUCAUUUAUAUUUAAAUACGACUCAAGGGGUAAAAAUGUAAUGAAUUAUUAAAUAUACAUGAUAAUGGCACUUAUUAUUGUGUUGAUGUAUUUAUUAGGAAUAGUUAAAUAAACUGGGUAUCCAACUUAUUUAAUGUUUUAAUUAACAUUAUAGAUGUACCUACUUAAUUGAA